AUGACCGGGUUUGCGCCUCUCGAUGCGCCCCUUACGAAUGGGUCAACGGAUAAGAAACGCAUCGCCUACUUUUACGAUUCCGAUGUAGGAAAUUAUGCCUAUGUUGCUGGACAUCCGAUGAAGCCUCAUCGCAUUCGAAUGACACACAGCUUGGUGAUGAACUAUGGUCUUUACAAGAAGAUGGAAAUAUAUCGCGCAAAACCCGCAAGCAAAUUUGAAAUGACGCAGUUCCACACCGACGAGUACAUAGACUUCCUUGCCAAAGUAACGCCCGAUAAUAUGGACCAAUAUGCAAAGGAGCAAAGUCGCUAUAAUGUUGGUGACGAUUGUCCAGUGUUCGACGGCCUUUUUGAGUUCUGCGGUAUCAGCGCAGGAGGUUCGAUGGAAGGUGCUGCUCGUCUGAACAGAAACAAAUGCGAUAUUGCGGUAAACUGGGCCGGUGGCCUUCAUCAUGCAAAGAAAAGCGAAGCUAGUGGCUUUUGCUACGUUAAUGGACUAUGGGCUGACGUUUUUUACUUAGAUAUUGUUCUCGGGAUCCUCGAGCUUUUGCGUUUUAAACAGCGCGUUCUUUAUAUUGAUAUUGACGUUCAUCACGGCGAUGGUGUCGAAGAGGCAUUUUAUACCACCGACCGUGUUAUGACUGUCUCGUUCCAUAAAUACGGAGAAUACUUCCCUGGAACGGGUGAGUUGCGCGAUAUCGGAGUGGGAUCAGGAAAGUAUUAUUCCGUCAACUUCCCCCUCAGAGAUGGUAUCGAUGAUGUAUCUUAUAAAGGCAUCUUCGAGCCGGUCAUUAAGCAUGUCAUGGAAUGGUACCGCCCUGAGGCUGUCGUCCUUCAGUGUGGUGGUGAUAGUCUGUCCGGUGAUCGUCUGGGUUGCUUCAAUCUGAGCAUGCGCGGUCACGCGAACUGCGUUAAAUACGUCAAAAGCUUUAACCUUCCGACCUUAAUCCUUGGAGGAGGGGGCUACACUAUGAGGAACGUCGCUCGUACCUGGGCAUACGAGACCGGCGUGCUUGUUGGCAACCAGCUACCAGCAGAGCUUCCAUACAAUGACUACUAUGAAUAUUUCUCUCCUGAUUAUGAAUUGGAUGUCCGGCCGUCAAACAUGGACAAUGCCAAUUCCAAAGAAUAUUUGGAAAAAAUUCGAAUUCAAGUUGUUGAAAAUCUCAGACGUACCACGUUUGCCCCGUCGGUUCAAAUGACCGAUGUCCCAAGGGAUACUUUAGUUGACGGCAUGGAUGACGAAGCCGACGCCAUCCUUGAUGACCUUGAUGAGGACGAAAAUAAGGAUAAACGAUACACAAAACGGCGAUUUGACAACUACGUUGAAAAGGAUGGCGAGUUAAGUGAAAGUGAGGAUGAAGAGUCAGCGGCUGCCAACGGUGUCCGGCGCCAGCCCAAUCGCGAAAGAAGACGAGGCAACAUCAACUACCGUCACAUCGAUGCCGACUCAAUCAUAGAUAGCGGAAUUGUGACUCCUCGAGACGAGUCAUCAAUGCCUGAGGAGGAGCCUGACAAAAUGGACGAGGAUAUUGAAAUUCCAGCAAAGCCUUCUCCUACAGCAGCUGAACCCUCUGCUAAACCCGAUCCACAAAUAGAGGAUGAAGAAGCACCAGCUGCUGAAACCAAUGGCACUGCUCCGGAGGCCGAGGAGAAAGAGCCUGCUAUCUCUACACCUGCUUCAAACCUGGAAAUUCCUCAAGAAAAUGUUGAUGGAGACACUACAAUGGAGGACGCAGACGCUAAUAUGGAUGAAACCCUGGAGCUAGAACCUCCAGCUGAAGAACAGGAGGAAGCACCGGCCGUUAGCGCUUCUCAACGGAAUACAACACCGCCAAAAUCCCCAGAGACUGGAGAAACAAAGUCUAAUUCCCAAGAGGGCACUUGUAUAGCAACAGAGCCUACAAAAGCAACCGAUACCACGGAAACCAAAGAACCAAAUCCUGAUGCCGACGCGGCUAAGGAGACUCCUCCAAAAGAGAAGGAGUAA